GACGGGCCUGGCUCAGCGCCUUCUCUCCCGCAGGAGCCCUGGACGCAGACGGGCGUUGUGCGGGGCCCCGACCAUGAGCGCCGCGGCUCCCGCGGAGCCGAGCCCGGGGGCAGACGCAGGCCAGGCGCGGGGGAAGCCGGAGGUCCAAGAUGCCUUCCGGGAUAUUUCCAUCUACUUCUCCAAGGAAGAGUGGGCAGAGAUGGGCGAGUGGGAGAAGAUCCGCUACCGGAACGUGAAGAGGAACUACUGCGCGCUAGUAGCCAUAGGUCUCAGAGCCCCGCGACCGGCUUUCAUGUGUCACCGAAGGCUGGCAGUCAGAGCCCGGGCGGAUGACACGGAGGACUCCGACGAAGAAUGGACGCCUAGGCAGCAAGUCAAACCUCCUUGGAUGGCCUUCAGAACGGAACACAGCAAACACCAGAAGGGGAUGCCCAGGUUGCCUGUAAAUAAUGAAUCUAGUUUGAAGGAAUUGUCAGGAACAGCAAAUUUGCUGAAGACAACUGGCUCAGAGGAGGACCAGAAACCAUCGUUCCCUCCUAAAGAAACGAGGACAUCUGGACAGCACUCCACACGAAAAUUGGGACUUAGAAGGAAGAAUAUUGAAGUGAAGAUGUACAGCUUUCGAAAAAGAAAGAGUCAGGCAUACAAAGAGUGCAGUGAGCCUCAGGAUGACGAUUACCUCUAUUGUGAGAAGUGUCAGAACUUCUUCCUAGACAGCUGUGCUGUUCACGGACCACCCAUAUUUGUAAAGGACAGUGCAGUGGACAAGGGGCAUCCCAAUCGCUCAGUCCUCAGCCUGCCCCCUGGGCUAAGAAUUGGACCAUCAGGCAUCCCUGAGGCUGGGCUUGGAGUAUGGAACGAGGCAUCAGAUCUGCCACUGGGUCUGCACUUUGGUCCCUACGAGGGCCAGAUCACAGAAGAGGAGGAGGCAGCCAACAGCGGGUACUCCUGGCUGAUCACCAAGGGGAGAAACUGCUAUGAGUAUGUGGAUGGAAAGGAUAGAUCUUGGGCCAACUGGAUGAGGUAUGUGAACUGUGCCCGGAACGACGAGGAGCAGAACCUGGUGGCCUUUCAGUACCACAAGCAGAUAUUCUACCGCACCUGCCAGGUCAUCAAGCCUGGCUGUGAGCUGCUGGUCUGGUAUGGGGACGAAUAUGGCCAGGAGCUGGGGAUCAAGUGGGGCAGCAAGUGGAAGGAAGAGCUCACAGCAGGGAGAGAGCCAAAGCCAGAAAUCCAUCCCUGUCCCUCGUGCUCUCUGGCCUUCUCCAGUCACAAGUUCCUCAGUCAACACAUGGAGCGCAGUCACUCCUCUCAGAUCUUCCCAGGAGCACCUGCAAGAAAUCACCUGCAACCAGCGAAUCCCUGUCCAGGGAAAGAGCAUCAGAAGCUGUCUGAUCCACAGAGCUGGAAUGACAAAAACGAAGGUCAAGACGUCAAAGAAAAGUCCAGAUUCUCGUCCAAAAGGACAAGGCAGAAGGCGAUCUCAAGGUCUUUUUCCAGCCUUCCCAAAGGACAAGUGGAGACCUCAAGGGAGGGUGAGAGAAUGAUAGAGGAAGAGCCUAGAAUAGGCCAAGAACUGAAUCCAGAGGACACAGGCAAAUCAUCUGUGGGGGCAGGGCUGUCAAGAAUUGCAGGAGUCAAGUAUAGAGAUUGUAGGCAAGGCCUCAGUGACAAGUCACACCUCAUUAAUGGCCAGAGAGCACACACAGGGGAGAAGCCCUAUGCUUGCAGGGAGUGUGAGCGAGGCUUCACAGUGAAGUCAAACCUCAUCAGUCACCAGAGGACACACACAGGGGAGAAGCCCUAUGCUUGCAGGGAGUGUGGGCGAGGCUUCACAGUGAAGUCAGCCCUCACUACUCACCAGAGGACACACACAGGGGAGAAGCCCUAUGCUUGCAGGGAGUGUGGGCGAGGCUUCACAGUGAAGUCACACCUCAUCAGUCACCAGAGGACACACACAGGGGAGAAGCCCUAUGCUUGCAGGGAGUGUGGGCGAGGCUUCACAGUGAAGUCAGCCCUCAUCACUCACCAGAGGACACACACAGGGGAGAAGCCCUAUGCUUGCAGGGAGUGUGGGCAAGGCUUCACAGUGAAGUCAAACCUCAUCAGUCACCAGAGGACACACACAGGGGAGAAGCCCUAUGCUUGCAGGGAGUGUGGGCGAGGCUUCACAGUGAAGUCACACCUCAUCAAUCAUCUGAGGGCACACACAGGGGAGAAGCCCUAUGCUUGCAGGGAGUGUGGGCGAGGCUUCACAGUGAAGUCAGACCUCAUCAGUCACCAGAGGACACACACAGGGGAGAAGCCCUAUGCUUGUAGGGUGGAUGGGUAA